AUGUCUGCUCAGUUAAAUUUAUCUGGAGAAGAUAUUCAGAAACUUACCACCUGUUGGUCAGGCUUACAAGCUAAUAACAAAUACCAUAAAGAUGACUUUAUUACUAGGUUGUUUUCAAACUUAGUUGCUGCUAACCCUAAGUUGAGAAAGGUCUUCCAUUCGGAAUCUAUUAUUGCAGAACAAUCUACUUUAUUUGGUGACUUGUUGAGUUUCACGAUGCUAUACUUGGACGAUGAAUGCACUUUAAACCAGUGUAUGAAUGCUUUCUUAAGGGAAAACCCAAAAUUUGUCAUAGUUGGUCCUGAAUACCUUGAGCCAAUGGGUUCGGCCUUGAUAGUUACUUUCCGCCAAUGGUUGGGACAAGGAAAAUUCAAUGACCAAAUACAAUCCUUAUGGGUUCAAGUCUAUUUGUAUAUUGCAAACUGUUUAUUACAGUUUGCAGAAUCCUCGAAUGAAACUCGCUCGCUCGAAGAAGCCCCAAUUGAAGCAUUAAGACCAAGAAGACGUCCUCCAGUAGAACAAAUAACAAAGGAAGAGGUUCAACAGGAACAACAACCUGAAGUGCAGUCAGCUCAACCAGAGGAAAAGGAAGAAGAAAACAAUAAUAUACAUAAUGAGAUACAACAAGAGGUGCCACAACCAGAAGUUACCCAAGAUAACGCGAUAAAACCACUUAAUACCAGCACCAUCCAAUUCCAACUUUCAAACAAUGAAAAGUACAGAGGAUUUAGAAGAAGCGUGCAAUCUUCGGAAGUUGAGCCAAUUUCAAUUCAAAUUCCAAAUACACCUACAUUCCAACAAGUUACACCACCACUUAGCCCACCAUCUGCACCUUUUGACCCAAGAAAAAUGAGGAGUUUAUCUCGUUCGCCAGCUUCAUUAAAUGAACAAGAACAGACCUUAUCAAAUGAAAACUCCUCCUCUUUUGAUCCUCGUAGAUCAAGAAGAAGAUCACCAUCUGCUGAAACUGAAGAAUGUGAACCAAUGGUUACUCCUCGUUCUUCAAGAAGGAAUUCAUCCAUGAAGGAACUGAUUCCAGAACCAGUUCAACCACAACAACAAGCACAAGCACAAGUACAACAACAGACACCUAAGGUUGAUCCUCGUAAGAUGGCUUUCACGAAGCCAUCGAAUGUUAUCUCGGAUGAUUCUGACGAUGAAUUUGCUGAGAAGGAAAAAGGUUUUGGAUUUGAUCCUCGUAGACUUUCUAAAAGAAAGUCUCAAUCUCCAAUUAUCUCAGAUGAAGAAUCUGAAAUUGAACCUACAUCCCCAUUAUUCAACAGUCAUUCUAGAGAGACCUCUGUAAGUGAUGUUGAGGAUGAUUCCUACAAUUUUGAAGUGAAGCAAGAAACUUCAAUUGCAAGAGCAAAUCCAUCUGCAUUUGACUACAAUAGCUUUGGUAUAAAAGGAUUAGAGCCAAUUGUUGAAUCUGAAUUUGAUGACACAGCUUCAUCGAAAUAUGAGAGUGAUGAAGAUGUCGAUAACGAUAAUGCUUCAUCUCGUUAUGGCACUCGUUUGUCUUCGGAUGCGGAUGAAAUAAGCUCAGGUGUAUCUACAUUGUCUUUACACAACAGUGACUUCAGGUCAUCUAUUAAUUCUGGAAGUGAUGCCACUUCAGUGUCCCCAUCUCCAGACCUUAACAAGUUUCAAAUGAGCCAUGGUGUUAGACAAUCAUCGACAUCAAGUGACGUUAGCUCUAUGAAUGCACUCUCAGCUCAAUUGGCUGCACCUGUUCCUGCUAUGGCAAGACCUCAAUCAUCAUCUGCAUCAUUAUCAUCUACCUGCCAGAUGUCUAGAACUAGUAGCCAACAGCAAUUCAAACAAAGGGCAUCGCUUGGUUUCAUGAGAAGUAGUUUCAUCUUGAAAAAGGAAAUCUCCGAACAAGGUUUCAAUGAACCUGAAAACGUUCUUUGCAAACCUCCUACUAUUCCAGCAGCUGUUAGCAGUUCAUCCAAUAGUUCAGCUAAGAAUAGCACAGCAUCUCUCCAGAGUACUAUUAGCUCUGGUAUUGGUUCUGAUGGGUGUUACGACUUGUUAAAUUCAUUUGUUCCUGUGACAAACCUUUCUAACGACAAGCAAGCUACCAAAACUAUGGCAUCGUCAACAAGGGCAACACCAAGACACGCCAGAUCAAACUCAGACUUACAAAGUACUAAUUCAUAUACAUCAACUGAAUCAAAGAGAAAGUCGUUAAGAUCGAGAUUGUCUUCAAUUUUCUCGUCUUCUUCGUCUACUACUACUACCAGAAAAUCCUCAUUAGCAUGCGAUCUGACUUUGGAUUUAGCAUCUAUUUGUACCACUGAUACAAACAAAUCCAAUAUUUCGGGCUUCUCGUUCUUCAAGAAGAGAAAUUCAAUUGAUUCUAGGUAUACUUCUCCUCAAAAGAAGGGCAUGAAGUACAAUGUUAAAGCUGUUCCUUACGAUGUUUUUGCUAAAUAA